GCUCCCUAGAGCCUCCUCGCCGCGUGCCCAGCCGUCGAGUUCCCCUGCGCGCGGAGCUUUUCCCUCCCUGCUCGCUCCUCCACUGCGCGUGCCGCUCCUUUUUCCCCGCGCGUGCAACCUCCUCUGCUGGUCGUCCCUGGUGCUCCCUGCUCGUGCCGUGUCCCUGUUUUUCUUUCCCUCUCUGCUCGUCCUCCACUUAGCUCAUGGCGCAUGUCCCUGCUCGGAUCUCUGCCUUCCGCCAUGGCCACGUCCACCACUUUUAGCUGCCGCUGUUUUUCCUCUGGUGCUCGCCCCUGCGUUGGUCAUGCGCCUGGUUGCCGAGUCCCUGCUUCCUGCGCCCUGGCGCCCAACCCCACGCGGCCUCCCUGCUCGGACCGCGUUCUUGGCUCCAGCUCGGCUCUGUCUUGUGCCGGCGUCCUCUACUCCAUCUUUUUCCCUAGCGCGCCCUGGUAUUCGCUCGCUGCUGCGCGCGCUCUCCCCUGUCUGCUCGUCGUGGACGCGGGCCGCUGCCCAUGCCGAGCUCCCUUCAGUUCUCCAGCGUCGCGAGCUCUCCGUGGUCGACGCUCCCAGCCCUCUACUCACCGAGCUCCGUGCAGGUGCGCCCCAUCCCGCCUGCACUCGGACCGCGCCCUCGCUGCUGGUGCUCGCCGACCGCGGUUGUCCUGCACCCUGUUGCGCUCGUCCAGGUCGCCGCUGUCGAGUCCCUGUGUGCGCAGCCAUGUCCCUCUGCUCGCCGUGCUAGCCGUCUACGUCAUCGCCGGACUUGUCUCCCCGACCAUCGUGAUGUUGUUAUUUCCUGCUGCGCCGUGACAUCGUCAAGCUCCAGUGCUUAGCGUCGAGGUCGCUGCGCUGUUGUCGCUCUAACUUCCUUGUUCUUGCGCGGCGUGUGGCGGUCGUGUUCACAUCAGCGGCAUCGAUCAGCGUCCCCAUCCCCAUCGCCGUUGAACUCCCAGACAUGUUCCUCUCUGUUUGCUUGUCCUCGGUUCCGGCGCGCGUGAUUUUAAAGCUCUACGCGUUCGUCGUGCCGCGCUAUCAUCACCUCCUAUCGUAAACUCGAUCCCCGUUGUCGUUGCUUCACCGUACUCGUUGGUCGUACGCCCUUGGAGCUCCCUGUUGAGUAAAAUAAAUGAACCGGAGAUCAUCGUGGUCUCUCAUCUACCAAGCCGAUUCGGUUAUGGUAAGCCGAUUUAUUUUUACGGUUAAUUAGAUUGUUUAGUUAUAUUGUGGCGAUGCUCUGGAAAGAAUACAUUUCUCAUUUCUUUUGUGUGUUAUAUGUUGCCAUAAGGUAUUGUAGAAAUAUUUCCCAUGCAGUAGUCAUGUCAUGUGCUAUUAGACUUGUAUGCAAGGCACGAUUAAAUUAAUAAUGUAAGAAGUGGGAUUAACAUUUUU